GGAGCUUAGCCACGGCAACAGCAGCGUUAGCCACAGCAGCAGCAAUAGCAACGGGAGCGGGGCGUCGUCGUUCCGCCGUUUGAUCUCAGCCGCCGGCCCAAGAUGGCAGCGGCCGCCGAGAGGGGCUGAGCCCGGGCUGGGUGGUGCCGCCUGCUGAAGCGCCUGGCUCCGUGGUCGUCCCCGCGACGGACAUGCCCCGGGCCGCCGCCGCGGCCGUCAGCCGAGGGGAGCGCGCCGGCCUCUAGGAAGGUAUGGCCUCACAAGUCUUGGUCUACCCACCAUAUGUUUAUCAAACUCAGUCAAGUGCCUUUUGUAGCGUGAAAAAACUCAAAGUAGAGCCAAGCAGUUGUGUAUACCAUGAGAAAACCUAUCCCCAGACUUAUCUGAAUGGUAGAAACUUUGGAAUUUCUCAUCCUUCUACUAAGGAGAGUACUUUUCAGACAAAAAUACCAUUGAACAGAUCACGAGGACAUAACUUUUUGUUGCAGACAAAUACUGCUGCUUUUAAAAACACUGCAGGUGCUACCAAGGUCAUAACUGUGCGAGCACAGCCCUCUCACGUGGAGGCACCUCCAUCUGGGACCCGGGAAAGCACCCAGCGAUGGGGAUUGAAGCGUAAAAGUAAAGAGCUGGAGAAUCAAAGUAGCACAAUGCAGAUUGUUGAUGAACUGUCUAUACUGCCUGCAAUGUUGCAAACCAAUAUGGGAAAUCCAGUGACGGUUGUUACAACUACGGCAGCAUCAAAGCAGAACUGUACCAGUGGAGAAGGAGAUUAUCAGUUAGUGCAACAUGAAGUUUUGUGUUCACUUAAAAAUACAUAUGAAGUCCUUGAUUUUCUUGGGAGAGGGACUUUUGGCCAGGUAGUCAAAUGCUGGAAAAGAGGGACAAGUGAGAUCGUGGCAAUCAAAAUUCUAAAAAAUCACCCUUCUUAUGCGCGCCAAGGACAAAUAGAAGUGAGCAUAUUAUCAAGACUCAGUACUGAAAAUGCUGAUGAAUUUAAUUUUGUACGAGCUUAUGAAUGCUUUCAACACCGUAACCAUACCUGCUUGGUUUUUGAGAUGUUGGAACAGAAUUUAUAUGAUUUUUUGAAGCAAAAUAAAUUCAGUCCGCUGCCACUUAAAGUAAUACGACCUAUUCUUCAACAAGUAGCCACUGCAUUGAAAAAACUGAAAAGUCUUGGUUUAAUUCAUGCUGACCUCAAACCAGAGAAUAUUAUGUUGGUAGAUCCUGUGCGGCAGCCAUAUAGGGUUAAAGUAAUAGACUUUGGAUCUGCUAGCCAUGUAUCAAAGACUGUUUGUUCUACAUAUUUACAGUCUCGGUACUACAGAGCUCCAGAGAUCAUAUUGGGGUUGCCGUUUUGUGAAGCCAUAGACAUGUGGUCGCUGGGUUGUGUGAUUGCUGAAUUAUUCCUUGGAUGGCCAUUAUACCCAGGAGCACUGGAGUAUGACCAGAUUCGUUACAUUUCACAGACUCAAGGUUUACCAGGAGAACAGUUAUUAAAUGUGGGGACAAAAUCUACAAGAUUCUUUUGUAGAGAAACAGAUAUUUCACAUUCUGGUUGGAGAUUAAAGACUCUUGAAGAGCAUGAGGCAGAAACAGGAAUGAAGUCUAAAGAAGCCAGAAAGUAUAUUUUCAACAGUUUGGAUGACAUAGUGCAUGUGAACACAGUGAUGGAUUUAGAAGGAAUUGAUCUUUUGGCAGAGAAAGCUGAUAGAAGAGAAUUUGUUAGUCUGUUGAAGAAAAUGUUGCUGAUUGAUGCUGAUUUAAGAAUCACUCCAAUUGAAACUUUGAACCAUCCUUUUGUUAACAUGAAACAUCUUCUAGAUUUUCCUCACAGUAACCAUGUAAAAUCUUGUUUUCAUAUUAUGGAUGUUUGCAAAUCUCAUCCAAACUCAUAUGACACAAAUAAUCGCAAUAAAACUUCACUUAUGAGACCAGUUGCCUCAGGCAAUGCUGCUAAUCUGACUGCAAAUUUCACCAAAAUAGGCACAUUAAGAAGUCAGGCAUUAAGCACAUCUACCCAUUCAGUUAUGCACCAUGGAGUACCUGUGCAGACCGGGACUGCCCAGCAGACAUUGAUUAUCUGUCCCCCAGCAAUUCAAGGUAUUUCUGCAAACCCUACUAAAGCUGGCAGUUAUUCAGUAAGGGUAGAUAAUGCCGUUCCACUGGUGACUCAGGCCCCAGCCAUUCAACCAAUACAGAUUCGACCCGGUGUACUUUCUCAGCAGACUUGGUCUAAUCGAACUCAGCAGAUCCUGGUACCCCCCUGGCAGCAAGUAACACCUGUAGGCCCUUCUACUGUGGCACUGACUUCUGAAACUGUGGCAGGUCCACAAAGACUUGGAGACUGGGGGAAAAUGAUUUCACACAGCAAUCAUUAUAAUUCAGUGAUCCCUCAACCCAUUUUAGCCAAUCAGAUAACUCUUUCGGCACCACAGCCAAUCAGUGUGGGCAUCGCACAUGUUGUCUGGCCUCAGCCUGCUUCGACAAAGAAAAAUAAACUCUGUCAGAACAGAGGUAUUUUGGUAAAACUAAUGGAAUGGGAGCCAGGAAGAGAGGAAAUAAAUGCUUUCACUUGGAGUAAUUCUUUGCAGAAUACCAAUAUUCCCAAUUCAGCAUUUAGUUCUCCAAAGAUAAUAAAUAUGAAAGCAGUUGAGCGAGUAAGUUGCACAGAAACACAGGACAAUCAUAAUUCAGAAGAAGAAAGAAAUUGUUGCAAAGCAUCAGUCAGGGAGGAACCUGAUUCAUCAACUUCAGACAAGCAGCGGGAAGCUAUCCUCAUUACAGAUACCCCAAGUCCUGUAGUGAGUGUGAUCACUAUUAGUAGUGACACAGAUGAGGAAGACACCGCACAAAGUCAUUCAGUCAGAAACUGUAAAGGUAGUCUAGAUUGCGAAGCUUGUCAGAGCACUUUGAAUAUUGAUCGCAUGUGUUCGUUAAGCAGCCCUGAUAGCACCUUAAGCACCAGUUCCUCUGAACAGUCCAGCCCAUCUCCUGGCAAGAGACCGAACAGUAUGUCAGAUGAUGAACAGGAGAGUGGCUGUGAUACAGUGGAUGGAUCCCCAACCUCAGACUCUUCAGGACAUGAUAGCCCAUUUGUAAGCAGCAGCUUUGUAGAAGACUCCCCUCAAAUUUCAGAGUCAUUAGCUGCUGUUGACACAGAAACCAAACCAACAGUCUGCACUGUGGUGGUACCUCCAGUGAGACUAGAAAAUAGACUUGACUCAGAUGAGCAUAUGGCUAAUACAGAUUCCAUAUGUCAGCCAUUAGGAAAAGGUCGAUCUGCCCCUGGAAGAUUAAACCAGCCUUCUACUAUAAAUAACCGUCAGCAAAAAUUGACAACAGCAUCCCAGCAGCAACAUUUGAAUUUUAGUCAGGUUCAGCACUUUGGAUCUGGGCAUCAGGAGUGGAAUGGAAACUACGGACAUCGGAGACAGCAAGCUUAUGUCCCCGCUACUGUCAGCAGCCACCCUUUUGCCCUGUCCCAGGGGAGUCCGAAUCACUCGGUAGUUCGUGCUCCUCUGGCUGGAACUACGCCUCGCACAGGGCAGCCGGCUCUUCUUCCGUACCCACCGACUGCACCCCUUGCUACUGCUGCGCCAGUGACCCACCUCUUAGCCUCUCCAUGUACCUCAAGACCCAUAUUACAGCAUCCCACCUACAGUAUUUCUCAUCCCAAUGGCCUAGUUCACCAAGUCCCAGUGGGAAUAAAUCCCCGUCUGCUACCUUCCCCAACUAUUCAUCAGACUCAAUACAAACCAAUAUUUCCACCACAUUCUUACAUUGCAGCAUCACCUACUUACACUGGAUUUCCAUUGAGUCCAACAAAACUUAGCCAAUAUCCAUAUAUGUGAGAACUCAAAUACAGUAUAUUGAAGUUCAGUGAUGCAAAUGUUUGAUUAAAAACAAAAACAUGGUAUUUAAUAAAUAUUAGCCAUGGCACAAGAAAAUUAUUUUUUGAAUCAUGUAGACUUGGGUGCAAUUUAAACAACUUUGAGCUUUAAAAAAAAAAAAAACUCACUUUUAAUGUGUUUUGCACAUUUGGUAUAACUUGUCUUUGGUCAUGUUCUCUUAUAUAGUUACUUAGACAGGUGACUUUUGGGAGCUGAAGUCUGGUUUUGCUCCUAUUAUUUUUUAUAAAAUUGCCUUCUAAUUAGUGCAAGACACGUCUACAUUUGGGAAGCCAUUCAGUGUACAGAUUUAGAGCAACAGAUGCACAUGUGUCAGACGUACAGUGUACAAGUAAACUGUUUGUGUUAUUAUCUAUGUCUUGGUAUUUAAAUGUUGGGUCACUUAUCUUAAAAAGGCGAGCUAUUGUUCUCACAUUUGCAUGUGUCUUGCAUGGGCAAAAUGUUGCCUAGACAUUGCUCUUAAAUGUUGUCCUAAUAAUCUCAGCUGCAUUGUAAACCGUUCCCACACAUAGUGCCUUAAAUAUUUGAGGUUGUUAAUGUUACUGCAUAUAUAUAAAUGUUGAGGACUGCAGCACUUAAAAUUCAGAUCUGCUGAUUUUUUUGAUAGAGUGAUGUUCAUUUUUGGUUUUGUGUGGUAUAGUUUUUGGUAGUGGGUAUUUUUUCCUUAUCAAGAGGGCAGCAUGUUUUGCUAUGGCCAAAUUCUGCUGUCUAAUUUUUUUUUUUUUUAAUGAUCUAGCUUCAAGAAAAGCAAGCAGUUAGUAAUGCUUAUGAAAAGUUGAUUCAGUAUCUUAUGAAUAGGUGAUAAGUAAACUCUCACAACUCAGCAUUUUAUACCGCUUAGUGGAACUGCAGUACAAUCCAGGAGUUUAUUUUGAAGGGUUCAGUCUAAGUGGAUUUCCUAAAAUGUUUAGAGGUGCAGUAGGUGUGAUGUGGACUAGGUAAGGAAAGAAAGUACAAAAUGCUCGUUGAUUCAUGAUGUGGUUUCAUCUUUGCUUGAGCAAACCAUGCAGUAUUUAAUAAAUAGUAGCAGAAUAUUUACUAUUGAAGCUUGAAAAGAUGUGAGUCCUUUGUGUGAAAUCUUUCAUUUAUGCAUGUGAGAGCUUUUAACCGUUUUACACGAUGGUGUUUGUUUUUCGCCUGUUGGUGGUGUGUGCUUAUUUAAUACAUUCCGUCAGGGACAAGAAAUUUUAUGUGCUUUUUUUUUUUUCCCACAAAGUGUGUCUUGGGUUUCUUUUUCUUCUUAUGUGUGUUGUGUGAUUGUGUGUGUGUGUGUGUGUGAUUAUGUAUGGUUCUGUUGAAAUGAAGUUGCUUUUGCAGCACCAAAGACUUAAUCAUCCAUUUCCUAUAAAAAGGUAGCUACUUUUUGCAUAGACCUCAAGUAUAUCAUAGUUUAGAGAUGGGAUUUAGGGAAAGAUAUUAAAAUGAGGCUGUGUUUUAGCUUAUGGGCAAGUAAUAAAUUGUAUCAUUUAUCUUGAAUGUAUCAUAGAUAAGCUGCUAUAUAAUGAUUGCCACUUCAGAUAGCUGUGAAAUUAGAUGAUUAACUAGUUCUUGUUUAGCUUUCUAAUUUCUGUAUAAGUCUGAUUGAAUGAAAUAGAAGUGGGGAUUUUGAUUUAUACUUUGCUUUCUUGUUUGGCGUGUCAUUGUAACUACUGUAUUGUAAAUGAUGGAAGAUGAUUGCCUAUGUUAUUUUGGGGUGUGUUACUUGCAUCAGUAUUUUAUCAACAUUAACUUUGGAGCUCAUCGCUGCAUAUAAAUGGAAUAUAUCAAUGUAACUUAAUUAUUUUUACGUUUUCAUACUGGCAUUGCGUAGACACUUGAGAAGCUGUAUCUUGCAGGCUUGACUUAACUUUCUUUUUAAGAAACAAAAUCUGGAACACAGUCUUUAGAGCAUUUACUGGAAUAAACAGUGCAAACAAAGCAUUUGAGUUUAAACUCCCCAAAUGUUUUGAAAUUAGAGCAUUUCUUUAAAUGAAUGAAUUUCAUACCACUAGUACAGCUGUCUUACCGAAUUGUCAGUAAGCUAAUAAGGGAUAUAUUUUUCUUUACUCCAUUAACACAAGCAGUGUUUUAUUUAAUAAAUAUUUAGGUGAAAUAAAUGUGCCUAAAAUUGAUUUUUAAACAAAAACAAACAACAGUAUUAGAUCACAAAAUAAUACCAGCAGUACAUUUUUAGAUACACUGAAAAUGAAGGAGCCUAAUUUUUCCCACAAAUUUCAGUGUUUUUAGUAAUCAACUAACUCUAUGCAUUUUAUACAAAGAUAAUUGUAUAUAAAACAAACAUUGGAAAAUGAGUAGCCUGAGAUGAAUUUAAAUAUAAUUUACACUUGUAAACAAGCAUAAAUUUAUGGAGUCAAGAAAAUAUUUAAAUGAACUUGUCAUAUACCUUCACAGUCUUAUUUUAUUUAUAUGAUUCAGCAGAUUGUUGAUUUCAGCUGCUUGGUCCUGGGAAUCAGAUUUCUCAAUGCAAAAUCCAUUGCUGGCAAUGGUUGUGUUGGGACACCAACAGUAACUGUUUUCUUUUUGUUUGGGGCCAUGCAACUUUCAUUGCUCUGAUGUAUUUUGUUUUUUCUGUGUUUUUAAGUAGUAAGGCUGUGAUGGCGUUACAUUGACAAGUAAACUCAAAACCUUAAUGUUGUCUUAUAAUACAAUAACAUUUGUUAUAGAUUUCCCCCAGUUAAAUAUGCUACUCUUUAUGGAAUGUAAUCAUGGAAAUCUUUUGCAUUUUAAAGAAAUGCAAAAAUCUUUGGAAAUUCUUUCAUCUAAAUUAAACAAAUGGAUUUUUUUAAAAAAAAAACUUCUGAAAAAAUAUUACCCUUCUUUAAAACCAUUUAUAAACAUUUUCUUUGUUGGUUUUAAUGCCUUUUUAAAUAAAACACUGCAUGACUACAGAGUUGCAUAUUUGCAUACUAUUUUUAAUUUGCAAAUUAUUUUUAUAAAAAUGCCUGAUCAAUUUUUAUCUUUCAGGGUGUUUAAUCAAAUAUGCUACUGUAUCAGCUAAAUCUUUUGAUUUUAAUGUUUUAAAUUUCUACUGCUAAUUUUAACUUGAUUUUUGUUAUGUAAAAGUUAAAUCACACUGCAAGGUGUAGGAAGAUAUUAUUUGAAUAAGCCCAAUGAUGUAGACUUGAUUACUGAAUUUUAACUGUUACCUGUGUAACAAUUUAUUUCUAUGCUACACUAGUUUGUCAUGUAGCAGUUGCACUGUGCAAUAUUACAAUAAGGACUGGGAAAAAAAUUUUUAUGGCUGUAAUGUGUCUUAGAGUUUGCGAUAGUAUUUCUCUCUAGUUCUCAGUGAUUUCAGUGUGACCAAGCCUUCUGUACUUUGUCACAAAAAGCGGGUUUUCCAAGUGACUAUUUUGGUGAGUGUCAAAAAUAAGAAUUUCUGGUGUAUCACUGUCAAGACUCACUUUGAAUUAAAACAUACAUCGCAGCAAA